AUGGACGCACAUGCUCCAGCCAAUGGAGAGGCAGCCCAACAGAAGUCGUCGAUGAAGCACUCACUUGGCGACUCUACUGGCGGUGAGCUGGUGAUUGAUGCUGCGCUGCUCGAGCUGAUCCAGCCAGCUUUAGUCGCCCGUAGCGUAUUAGUUUUACAGGUCAGCCGAUUCGAUUUCUGCCAGUUGCAGGGGAUCCAGCUGGACGAUGAGUUCUGUCUGGGCGAAGCUGAGCAAAUAAAAUCGCGCAGCGUCUGGUGGUGA